AUGAGACUAGUUUUAUGUUCACAGAGCUUGACCAAGAAGAUCGGUGACUUGAGGACUGCCAAGCCACCCAUCAGAGUGGAGAUGAUGAAGGGAGCUCCAGGGGUCAUCCGGGUGCUCUUAUAUCAAUUCAAGUUCACUGAUAUCUCUGACGGCGUCGGCGUACUUCCACGUAACCUUAUGGCACGGGUCGAUGCUGUCGAUGGCCAUGAGUACCCCGACCUUUUUUACGACGGCUCCAUGCUCCUGCCACAUAAUGCGACCUGGAAUUGCUUGAAAAAUUGCAGUGCAUUCAAGAUGCUGCGUCGAAGUGUCAUGAACUUGGGAGCCGGAGCCUUCAUGGGAUGAGGAAGUAUUCCGACCGCUGCUAAGCCUGGCUGUUGAGCUAGAAAAUAGAGACAGUGCCCAAGAAGUCCAAGUUGAGAAUGUGUGUGUCUUUUUCAUUGGUCGGCACAGGUAGCAAUCAGACUCUGUGAGACAGAAUUACUCUUACGAGUGACUGACAUUUUCUGACAUUUAUUUCGCAUAUAUGACUACUACUCAAAUAUUCCCUCAGUCUCUAGUGCCUGCAGGCCUCCAGAAUCCACCAUUCACGUCUAAAAGAGUAGACUAUUGUAUCUACCUUUCUCAAACGGAUUCUCAGGAAACCCGCACUGACAGACUCUUUUCCCUUCGCGGUAACAGGCUUUUUCCUCACUGAGGAUUUUUAGACGCGAAGGGUUUUGAGCGAGUAUCACUGCAGUUCUGGAUAUGGACUCACAGAGUCAACCCAGUGAAGGACUUCGCGGACGAAGCUCUAGAGAGGAGGGGGGGGUAUGGUAUGUAAGAAACCCUGCUCCUCAGGGGCCUUCUUACCCCUAUUCUCACCACUCACCUAACCAGUAGGGUUAGCAAGUCUUGGCCACACAAUCUAUAUAAACUGGAGUUGCAACCAUCUCUUUGCAACUCAGCUUGAA